GCAGAGCCUGGAUUUGUAGCUCUCCACUUGGGCGCUGCUGUUUGCCUUGCUGCGGGUUGGAAAGGCUCGCGCUUCGGCUCCACAACCCAACCCCAACUUGACUGGAGCGAAAAACAUGGCUGCGGCCGAGCGUGCUGCAAAUUUACGGAAGUGAGGUGCCGGGUCGUGCUGCAGAGACACAGCUCCAGGAUGUGGAGGCAGUAGCAGUGCCAUAUUAUGGCCGCGUCCAGAUCCUCGCGCGUCACCAGGUCAUCUGUGGGGCUCAAUGGACUGGACGAAAACUUCUGUGGCCGAACGCUCAGGAACCGAAGCAUCGCUCAGCCGGAGGAGAGUCCUGUGUCUUCUCCUCCUCCGCGAGCCCGAUCGCCUAAGAAGAGACAGGACAAGCAAGAGGGCAAAACCGAUGCCAAAACGCAAGAGGAGAGCAAGCCGGAAGCCAGAUCGGACGCUAAACCAGACAUCGAGCGAGACGCGGAGGAGUCGGACAAAGUAGCGGACUCGAAUAGCUCCUCUGAGGGGGAGCAGUGGAGCGCUUCGAGAAAAAGGGCCGCGUCUUCUCUGGAGAAAGAUAGCGAUACGAAUAAUAAAUCUGAGAACUGUGAAAAAGCUGCAAGUCACGAAAAUUCUCCGCAGAUUAAAAGGGCCAGAAAGUGCUCGCGAUCGGCCGACACUCAGGGACACGACGAGGAGCAGACAGUCCCGAAAGUGAAAGAAAAUAUAACUGAAACAAACGCGGAUAGUAACGGUGAAGAUUUGAGUAUUUCUGAUAGUAGUAAAGACGUAAUUAAAGAGCUACAGGAGGAGGAGACGCGGGAUGGACAAGUGGAGUGUGAUGGGGCGAACACAAAUUCCUACAAAGCGUCAAAUGGACUUAAAAACCAGGACGAAACCAGUACGGAGUCGAGCACGAACUGUUUGCUCAAUGGCGCCCAAUCUAGUGGCGAGACGGCAAUAUCGACAGCGCCCUCUCCUGACCACUCUGUGCCUUGUUCCAAUUCAAACAUGGAAAGCCAAAAUCAAAUCGAGGAGUUUAUCGUAGCAAAAGAGCAAGAGGUAUCGGAAGUGGAGGAAGUCGAUGUUUUGAGUGAUCAUUUGUGUUUGGCGAGAGAGGAGCAGGUAGUUGAAAGCAAUGGGCAGACUAGCUUGAUGCCACCGAGACAGGACAUCUCCUCUCCCGUUAUGAACAAUAGCCCAAUUAUUAACCAUAGCAACUCAGGUGAAGCCACGCCCAGUCCUUCCCCCCCUCCGGAACCUAUCGAGUGCAACGCUACUUUUUCGGAGCUAUACGAACACAGGUACACGCUGCGGACUCCACCCAAAAAAGCCCCUGCAAAUGGAGGGAAAUUAUCACCAAGUUUGCCCUCCUGUCCCUCUCCUCCUGUUAUAGACAAUGGGCCAACUACAGAGAUAAGGGAAGAAGGAGAGGUAGUAGUAGAGGAUGUUCCAAUGGCAGAAAAUACUGAAGAAAUCUGUGAACUCGGGGCGUCCGAAGAGACACAAGAUGGCAUGAGUGGUGGAGAGACUACGGAGGAUUUAACUACCAAACAGGAGAAGUGUACAGAGGAGCUUGUAUUGAAAACUACUACUGCUGCUGCUGCUGCUGUUGAGGAAGAGGAGUACGAGGAGGAGGAAGAGCCGGAUGUCUACUACUUUGAGUCCGACCACCUGGCUCUCAAACAUAACAAAGAUUACCAGAGGCUGCUGCAGACCAUCGGGGUCCUAGAGGCUCAGAGGACUCAGGCUAUUGUGGACCUAGAGACUCUGUCCAGACACCAGCGAGACGCACUGCACGAUCCCAUCAGCUUUGUGGAGCAGCUGCAAAAACAGGUGAAUCUGGGCCUUCCAUGCCCGCAGAGGGUGGUCCAGCUGCCGGACAUCUCGUGGGAGCAGUACACUUCAGGUUUAGGAGACUUUGAGAGAGAGUUCUGUGACAAGAAACGAAAAACCAGGAGACUCAAGCUAAUAUUUGACAAAGGUUUGCCCCUCCGCCCCAAAAGUCCCGUUGAGCCCAAAAAAGAGGGCGAGUGCUCCAGCAUGUAUUCACCCUUACCCACGAGUGACGGUCCAGAGAACAGCAGGCAGACGCAGAUGAUCAGAGGGAGGAUCUGUCACCCAAACAAACCUGACACGUUUAACCAGCUCUGGACCGUGGAGGAACAGAAAAAACUGGAGCAGCUCCUGAUGAAGUUUCCCCCGGAGGAAGUGGAGUCCAGAAGGUGGCAGAAGAUCGCAGACGAGCUUGGCAAUCGCACAGCUAAACAGGUUGCCAGCAGAGUCCAAAAGUAUUUCAUCAAACUGACGAAAGCCGGUAUCCCAGUCCCAGGAAGAAUACCCAACCUCUGCAUGUACACUAAGAAGGCGUCCACUAAGAGGCAGCACCACCUCAACAAACACCUGUACAGACCCUCGACCUUCAUGACUUCAUAUGAGCCUCCCGUUUAUAUGGACGAAGAAGACGAGAGGGCGUCGUACUACAGCAGUGCCCAGGACCCUGCAGCGGAGGAGUCGGACGAGGAGGUGCCGCUGGAACUGAGGAGUUUGCCUGAGUACAAAGAGCUUCUGGAGCUGAAGAGGUUAAAGAAACAAAAACUACAGGAAAUCCAGGAAGAGAAGACCAACGUCAGGCACAUUGGCUUCAAGUGUGACGUGUGUGGCACAGAACCCAUACAGGGGGUGAGGUGGCACUGUCAGGACUGUCCCCGAGACAACGCUGUGGACUUCUGCUCCAACUGCUCAGACUGUUUGUACAAGACGGACACUCACAAACCCUCCCACCACUUGGAGCCUGUGUACAGACCUGAGACUUUUCUGGACCGGGACUACUGCCUCCCCCCAAGCGCCACGGGAUACAACUACCUGGACCCCAACUAUUUCCCCGCCAACAGAUGACAGCGCCCGUAACCAUGACAACCAUUACAAUGCGCGCUCUCUCUACCACUCGUAACACAAAUUGACCCACUGGCCUAUCUGCGCAUGGCUUCAAUGUACACAAAGUCCACGAUAAACCGGGACUCAAGUCAAGACCUGCCAGAACCAGCACUAGUACAGAACCGGGGCGAGAGGUGGUCCGAUCCAGUUCAAUGUUCGGAAACUGGCCCACGUGACCCAAGCGUCAGGCGGCCAUUUUGGAUCAACAUUUUUAAAAGAAGGCACACAACAUUCCUGAGCGUUGUGACUCUGGGAGGGCAUCUGGCAUACUGUUCCCCAUAAUGUCAUACGAUUAUUAUUACCUCCCUUUGCUGCUUUCGAAAAUGGGGAUUCGUGAAGUAUAGUGCCACCUAAUGGAACGCAGAAGUACUGACCAGUAGUGGACUGUGAAGCUAAAGAGAAAAAAAAAACGCUGGUUCUAACUGUAUGUUAAUGGUCCCUGUGUUAUAAUGCCAGAGUGAAAAAUGUCCUAGCUAGGUAUCCGUACAAUGAGUAUUUAGAAACGGGUAAACAGCAGCGGCUAAAAUAACACGUUUUGAGGCAGGAGACCUUGGAUGAUGUGUUUAAGGACACUCGUAAUUUUAAAUGUUGCACCACCAUGUUUUUCUUCCACCGUCGCACAGCGCUGCUUCACUCACCUGGUUUAUGUGAGCGGGGAUUGGUACGGGACAGGUCAGUACGGAGUGUAGGAUAGUGUGUCUAGGAUUGUAACAAUUAAUCAGAAUAAUUGUAACAAGAGUUGUCAAAAGUAUCGAAAAUCAGAUACUAAUCAAUACUAAAACUACUAUCGAAACUAGAUACUUAUUUGAUCAAGUAUCGAUACUAAAAAAGUCACAUUCACAGGACAGAAAUGAACCUUUCCUGAGUAGCUUUAGAGUGAUUUUGAUCAGAACAAAUAUAAGAUGACAUAGACUAGCUGGACGACUGAAGGAUUACACAGAUAUAAGGCCACACGGUAAUAUAAACGAAAGUACUACGAUUUAAUGUUGAAAAUCACAUUCUAUUGUCCAAAUAAAGAGUAUCAUCAUCAUGGUAUCAGAAUUGGUAUCAAGUAUCGUGUGUAAUCCUCAGUAUCACAAGAAAUGUUAGUGUUGUGACAGCAGUAAGUAAGACUUUUUUGUUAUUUUUUUCUGCAUUUAUAAUAACUUAUUUACCAUUCUGUACUGUAUUGACCUGACUUGUACCAAACCCGUCUUACUUAAACCAGGCUUAACUUAUCUAUUUCCUUUCAUUCUCCACUAAACACUACAGCGUUGAGGCUCCAUCAAACUGGAAACACAUUUUGAAAUUAAUUUGAUAAUUUUCCAAUUUUGCCCCCCAAAUGUUUGCUGUUGUUGAUCAUGUUUAGUGUUAAAAGUUAAAUGGUGAAACGUAGCCAGCGCUAAUUGCCGUGUGUGCCAUUUUUAAUCAAUUAGUUUUGUUCAUUUCCCAGCACAUUCAACAAAACACCAUUCUGCAUCAUCGUCCUCCCAUUAAAAAAAAACAUUACUGCUCUAGACAUUAUUUGAAAAAAGAUUGUAUUUUUAUGAACCUAUUUAAAAAGAUUUGCGGUUGUGAUCGAUGCCUCCCGCGCAGUUUUAUUCACAUGCUUUUGUUGUGCUUGGAUAGUCACCAUAUUGUAAGGUCUCUGUUCCUUCACCCCUCAUCUCCCCCUGGCUUCAGUAUCUGUGUAUAACAGUCUGUUCUUAUGUACAAAAAUGAUAAUGUAAAAAAAGCUAGAGGAGAAUCGUGGAAAUAAAAGUAUGUGAAAAUAGUGUUUCUACA